AUGGCAGAAUUAAUGGAUGUUCGUUUUAAGGAAUUACUUCUAGCAAAGAAGGUCAGUGAUACAAAGUCAGUGCUUAUGCUGAAAGAGGAAUAUUUCCAAACGAUGGAUGAGUUGAAGGAAGCUUGUUCGGUCAAAUUAAAAACUGCUAGACAAUACUACAUUCUAGGACGGUACGAAAUACUCCAAUGUGGUGAUGUGGAGAAGUUAAUUCGCAAGCGUGCCAACUUUGCAGAGGAACCAAUAUACUUUGUGAACAUUGAUGAAAUGUAUGACAUCAUUAAGCGUGCUCACAUUUCAACUGGACAUGGUGGUCGCGACAAAAUGGUUACGUUUUUGUCUAGAUAUGCAAACAUUACGAGGGAAAGCAUUGAACUCUUCAAGUCUCUUUGCAUUGAGUGCCAAAAGAAACGAAAACGUGCUACGACAAAAGGGAUUACCGUGAGACCGAUAUUAUCAAAGGAUUUUGGAUCACGAGGGCAAGUGUAG